GAUUAUCUAAUAGAUGCUUCUACCUGAGGAAGAGAGAGCCGAGUUAAGAAGGAGGAUAGACAUAUUUGGAAUAAAAGGGGAGGUGGGUGGGGGUAAAUCUCUCUCUCUCUCCGUCUUUCCCUCCCCGACACAUCUCUCCAGUAGUGCUCUAUCUUUCCGACUCCUGAGGAGGCAGAAACGGCUAACUGUCCGUUAACGACCCGAGCAUCUCUGACAUCCAAACGCAAUUAGCCUACUAAACAGAACAUUAUAUUCGCGCUGUAGUUAUCGUAAAAGUGGCAUACAGGUAGAUUAUGUACCACAUUGUUGUUUUGCUGUAACAUCGACCGACAUUAUGAAACUUUAAAUAGUCUUUUUUGACUAUGUGAAAGGUUCCUUAGACAAUUACAUGUGCUUGCUGAAGCCUAUACGGAACAUUUCGGUUCAGAUCAAUCGGAGUCAUAUCUCGUGAUCUCUUCUCAUCGCGAGCUUGUGGACUGUGCAAUUUCCACGUCGGCGAUGUUGUUUUCCAUUUUAAUCGAUACAUGAGACCUGAGGUCAAGAGUCAAGAAUUUAUGCCUUUUAUGUGGAUUGCCUCACGCUGAAUAUAAUUCAAACUACUCAAACUUUUAUCACAUAUGACACGGAUUAUUAAAGAUGAGACGCUUAUUUUGACUAUUACAGUGGAAUAAAGUGCAGAGCAUCAUCACCGCACCUUCAGGAUGUUCAAGCGAGGCUGUGGUCUGGAGUUUCUCCUGGUGCUGUGUGGUUUAGAGUUAACCCAGGCGUGUCCCCAUCACUGCAUCUGCUACGACUCUCCCAGCACGGUGAGCUGCCAGGCUCACAAUUUCCAGGUGGUUCCGGAGGGAAUCCCUGCCCAGAGCGAACGUGUCUUUCUUCAGAACAACAAGAUCCAGCGACUGCUCCAGGGCCAUUUCAGCCCGACCACUGCCAUGCUUUGGCUGUACUCCAACAACAUCUCAUACAUCCAGCCCUCCACGUUCAUGGGCUUCACCCGCCUGGAAGAGCUCGAUCUGGGGGACAACCGCCACCUCCGCUCAUUGGCCUCUGACACAUUUGAGGGCCUGACUCGACUCCAUGCUCUGCAUCUAUACCACUGUGGCCUAAUCAGUCUUCCCGCUGGGUUAUUUGAGGGGCUGCACAACCUGCAGUACCUCUAUUUACAGAACAACCAGCUGGAGUUUCUCGAGGAUGACAUGUUCAUUGAUCUACUCAAUCUCAGCCACCUAUUUCUGCAUGGAAAUCGCCUGUGGAGCCUUCACCAGAACACUUUCCGUGGCCUCGGGGCACUAGAUCGCUUGCUACUCCAUCAAAACCGACUCCAGUGGGUCCAUAAACAGGCUUUCCAUGACCUGCGUCGCCUGACAACCCUCUACCUGUUCAACAACUCUUUACCUGAGCUACCAGCCGAGAGCUUGGCUCAACUACCUGCACUGGAGUACCUGCGUCUCAACGACAACCCUUGGGAGUGCGACUGUAAGGCCGUGCCACUCUGGGAUUGGCUACGGCGCUUCCGUGGCUCAACCUCUGCAUUAGAAUGCGUGGCUCCACCAGAACUGGCAGGAAAGGAUCUAAAGCGGUUGACAAAAGAAGAUCUACCUUCUUGUACGGGCUCAGAGUCCCUCCAUCAGAGCAAAUCCAGCAACCAAGGGGAUGUAGGGGUAUCACUUAAGAAAGAACAUCAUCACCGAUCACACAAUCAUCAUCAUCCUCAUCUGCCACAUCAAGAUCAAUACUAUUCCACCUCCCCAUCACCUCUGCCCCGACCGCCCAAAUCUGGCCGCAACAGAAACUGCACAAGGCAUCGUAGCCGCAAGGGUAAUGGUCAGAACGAGGUGUAUAACCUUAAGGAGUUAGCCAAUAAGGAGUCUGAUGAAAAAUAUGACCUGUCAAAGCCAAGAAGAAAUAACAAGUGCAUCCCACGGACUUCAGUGGGGCCCCCUAGUGGUGUGCAAAGGGCAAACAGCAGGGUGGUGUCCCUCUUGGCACCUUAUUACAUCAUCCAUGUUUGCUUAUUGGUGUCUCUCACUGCCCUUAUUUUCCGCUGAGCUUGUGGAAGUCUGUAUUAAUGGUUUUACCGUAAAGUCAGCCCUCUGUCUACUCUGGCUCCUAACUCUUAAGUGUGUGAAUGUGUGUAUGUGUGCGUACGAGUGUAUGUAUGUACAUGUGAACCAAAGUGUGCGAUACCUUGGCGAGCCCAUAUUGAGGAACAGAGGACUUGUAUGAACUUUCCGGGCCUUGAAUAAAACCAGAGACUAAAACAAACUCUAGGGUUUGAGGACCUUAAGAAAGAGACAAGACACUAAAUGGAAUCCUCAAUCGUAUCCCUCCACUAUUUUUACACCUGGGUCAAAAUCGUGGGCCCUGUCUCUUUAUAUCCUGUUGCUCCUGAUAGAUUAACUUGAUCUAUAAACAGAGCAUAUACAAAUACAGAAGAAGAUAAUCUUAUCUGCAUUUGUUAAGUGCAUUCAGUUCUACAACUGGUCAAGAUCAGUACCAUUAAAACUUUCAUGUCCCUGCCCUACCCUUUGACUUGUACACAGGCUAGGGCCCAGGCUCUCAGCAGGGGGAAAAGUGUGAGCCAAAUUCAUAAACAAACCAUUAAGGCAGACGUACAGAUGUGAGCUGCUGCGCUAAUGUGUUUCUCAAUAGUUUCUGGGGGAGGGUAGUUAACACCUUUAGCAUGUGACAAAAUAAAUGCUAAGCACACAAGAGAGGUAUUGUGUUAGGUGUUUUAAGGUUUUUACAUAGGCUACAUUUUUUAACUAUUGUUCUGGUUGCAAUAUUCGCACAUUUGAGUCUACUGUUCUAAAGCUGCUAUGUUGGUACUCUGAGGUCACUAAGAGAAAAAUAGAGUUGUACGAAGGAUUAUAUGAUGGCUCUGGGUUUGGGUGUGUCUGUCUGUGUUCUAUAUUUAUUGACUGAACAUUGGGGAUAGUAUUUUAAAUAAAAAAUAGAGGGACACAUUUUUCUAAAGAAAUGAAAAGGUCAAGGGAAGCUCGUCCAAAAAGCAUAAUCUGUUAUCUAUCACUUGGUUGCAAUAGUUUGCUACUUUCUAACCUAACAAGGUUAAUGUGAAACGGCUUUUGCAACUAAUUUCACUUCCAUAAUGUGACAUUUCAGAGUGAAACAGUAUAUUCACUGAUAAAAGAAUGAAGGGCAAAACUUGGUUGUGAAAAACUAUCUCUAAAUAACAGAUGGUUGGAAGGGGAUGAAAAAUAACUUUGGUGAUGUCAGGCAAAAAAGAAAGUUGUUUUAGAGGACAAAAUGAUUACAGUUUGAUGAAGUAUUUUUCUUUUUUUUUCUUUUGGAGUAACAUGCACCAAUGUAUUAUUCACAAUAAGACCAGGAUUGUGUAUUAAAGAAUUUUUAUUUUAUGUUGACUUUAAGAUCUGUACAUGGUACAGUCAGGAAAUUUUAUCAGGAAGACUCAAAAGGGCAUUAAUUUAGAGAGCCAGAAUGGACACUGUAAUUCUACAGUAGUAACAGAAUGAUCCUUGCAGUACAUCAAGAAACAUCUGUCACUCACGUUCUCUGAUCCCUCCUGCUGUUGAGCCAAAGGAAAAAAAACAAUGUCUGAAUUCUAUAGCUGAGAAAUUAUCAAAGAAACUUUACAGAGCCCCCUUUUGGACAGGUGGAGCAAUAGCACUUUCCCACUACUUCCCCUUGAAAGACUAUCUACCUUUGGAAUUUAUAUAAAAGUGAACUGAAAACAUUUUGACAUAUCCAUUGUGAACAUUUAAUUGUUUGAGAAUAUUUGUCACUCAUCAACAACAAAAAAAGAACUGUAUGUCACCAUUUGUGGGGAAGGAGGAAGUUAUUUUGUAUUCAUGUACUAUUUAUUUUUACAUUUGUUUGCUGACAUACUGCAGUUUUUGACAUACUAAGAGCACCAUACUAACACCUUUCUAUUGUCUUCUUUGGUAUGUCCUUUAUCUCUCUUCCUCCCUUUCUUUCCUCUUAUGACUCCAACUUUCCGUCUGUUGUAAUCAAACACCACCAGACUCAGAAGCUGUUUCUAAAGAACAUUAAAGAGAAAUGUGGUC